AUGGUCGAUUCUUGUUGGGUAGGGAAAGUGCAGCCGGAACUGUGCUGCUCCGAAGCAGGACGAUCGAUCUGCUUCCCCCCAAGCCAGGAUUUCACCUUCGAAGGCUGUUGUGCGGAGUACCUUCGCAGCCUUCGGCCUGAUGUGCAAGCGGAAGGGCUCACGUGCGGGCAUUCGGGGCCGACAUGCAGCUGGCUCUUCAGCCAAGCGCUGGAGUUGGACACUUUGGAUCGCCCUGCCGUCGGAAAGUAUUGCCAUGACGGUCUCCAGCGCACGGGCUUGACCGCAGAAAUGCUGCACACGGAAGGGCUCAAUCGACGCCUGGCUCACCUUUCAUGCUUUCCGGGUAUUGUGAUGUUGCUGUCAAUGUGCGCGCUGGCCGAAACUGCGAAGUCUGAUUGUGGAUCGGUCAUAUCCUCAGUGGCCGCGGCCCCUCACCAGCAAGACCCAGCGCUCUCUUUCUUUAUGGUCGCCUUCAGAGCGCUCGGAAUGGUGACCCACUGUAUCGACCACAGUGCAUGGCCUAUCACUUUGGCAGAGUUCUCUUCCAACUUUCAGCUCUUCAUUGAGCAGAGCUGCAACUUCGAGUGGUUACGACCACGGCGAGGCUUGCCUUUCGUGCGCAAUGUGGCUGGUUCGACUCUACAUGAUGCGAUACCGUGGUCACAGAGUGGAGUUCAGAAUCAUAUGGAAGUGCACAUGCGCCUUCAUUGGGCACUUGGUGCAUGGGACAAUCGAAAAUAUUGGGAGCACAAGAUGACAUCCUCACCAGGGAAGCUCGCGCAAUUUCGAUUUGCAGACCAGCUUGACUUCUGCGAGCUCGCUCGAGAGCUCGAGAGCUUCAGUGACAAUUUAGUACGCGAGCCGCUCCCAGUGAUUCGGGUGCUUGUUCUUGGGUCUGGCCCUGUGGCUGCGACGCGCACCUUCACGUGCCCCUACGGCGCAGUGGGCGAAACGAUCUCUUGUGAUGCCUUUUCCCGGCUUUACCGGCAGCUGGCUGCCGAGACUGGCUUCACGCCGCCAGAAGGCUUUCCAGAGUAUUGUGACGUCGAGGAGCUCUGGCAUGUGUAUCCGAAGGAAUACUUUCACAUAGUCUACGUCAGCAAUGCACUGGACCACACAGUCCACCCACUGCGUGGGUUGAAGAUGCUCUUGUGGGUACUGCACAAGAACGGGGUGCUGCUGCUUCAUCACUUAAGGAAUGUCCACCCCGAGAGUUGGACAUCCCUUUCAGAUGGCCAGCAUCAGUGGGGCUUCGACACAAUAUCCAGUCCUGAAGGAGGCCGGAGUUUCGUAAUCUGGAACCAUCUUCAUCGAUGGAACAUCUCGCGGCUAUUGGCAGACGACGGUGCAGCAGUGUCCGCGUCGUACAAGGAGCCAUUUGUCGAUGUGAAGAUUCAGAAGACCGCCGAUUUUAAGCACACUGGCGACUUACAGCUGCGAGAAAGAAUGCGAAACAGACAACAUCUGCAGCUUUUUGCACCUCCGCUGCCUCUCUCCGCUGUCCCUCGUGCCAUGGCAAAGCCACACGCUACUCUGAUUUUCUCUCGGCAUGGAGAGUCCCAAUGGAACGUGGACAACAGGUUCACCGGAUGGGUAGAUGUCGACCUGUCCGCAAAGGGCCUUGGCGAAGCCAAAAGCGCCGGCAGCUUGCUGAAGUCGGAGGGCAUUAAGGUGGAUAUGGCCUUCACUUCCUACUUGAAACGUGCCAUCAAGACAUGUGAUUUGGCGCUGGAGAAUGCUGAUCAGUUGUUUGUUCCCGUGGAAAAGAGCUGGCGACUCAACGAGCGCAUGUACGGCGGCCUUACAGGCUUGGAUAAGAAGGAGACGGUGAAGAAGCACGGCGCCGAUCAGGUCCAAGUUUGGCGACGCAGCUUCGACGUGCCGCCGCCACCAAUCGACGACGACAGCGAGUUCAACCCCGCAAAGGAGAAGAAGUAUGCCGCUCUGAACAAGGCGGACAUCCCCAAAACAGAGUGCCUCAAGGACACGAUUGCCCGCGUGAUGCCGUUCUGGGAAUCGGCGAUUGCCCCAGAGCUGAAGAAGGGCAAAACCAUUUUCGUCGCCGCCCACGGAAAUUCUAUCCGGGCAAUCCUCAAGUUCUUGGAGGGCAUCUCCGAUGACGACAUCACAGGCCUUGAAAUCCCCACUGGUCGCCCGCUCAUGUACAGCUUGGAUGCGGACUUGAAGCCAAUCGCAAGCGCCGACGCAAUCGCGCCUCUCAAGUUCGGAAAAUACUUGGGUAAUCUUGAUGAGAUCAAAGCCGCGGCAGAAGCUGUGAAGAAUCAGACCAAAGUGGCGGCACCAGCAGGUGCUGCUGCUCCUGACUCGAAGACGAUCAUGGCUGUCAAAGCCCGUGAAAUCUUCGAUUCGCGAGGAAACCCCACCGUCGAAGUGGACCUCUGCACUGGGACUGCCUUGUUCCGUGCAGCCGUCCCCAGUGGAGCUUCUACUGGAAUUUACGAAGCCUUGGAGCUUCGAGACGGUGACAAAGGUCGUUUGUUGGGAAAGGGUGUACUGAAGGCCGUUGCUAAUGUCAACGAUAUUCUCGCUCCCAAGCUCUUGGGCAUGGACGUCACCGACCAAACCAAGAUUGACAAGAUGAUGGUCGAAGAGAUCGAUGGAUCGAAGAACGAGUGGGGAUGGAGCAAGUCCAAAGUUGGUGCUAACGCAAUUCUAGCUGUUUCCAUGGCUGUGUGCCGUGCUGGUGCAGCUGCUAGCGGCAUGCCUCUCUAUCAGUACAUUGCCAAGAUCUCAGGCAAGAGCACCGACAAGUUCGUAAUGCCAGUGCCGUCCUUCAACGUCAUCAACGGCGGAAGCCAUGCUGGAAAUCGACUGGCGUGCCAAGAGUUCAUGAUCCUGCCUGUGGGUGCUUCCACUUUCAAAGAGGCGAUGGUGAUUGGUGCUGAAGUAUAUCACAAUUUGAAGAGCGUCAUCAAGAAAAAGUAUGGGCAGGAUGCCUGCAAUGUUGGUGACGAAGGUGGCUUUGCCCCGAAUGUGCAAGACAACAACGAGGCGCUGGAUGUGUUGAUGGAGGCUAUCGAAAAGUCUGGCCACAGCGCGAAGGUCAAGAUCGGCACAGACGUGGCGGCGUCUGAAUUCUACAGUGCCGAGGGCAAGACCUAUGACUUGGACUUCAAAAACCCAAGCAGCCCACCAGAAAUGAAGAAGACUGCGCCGCAGCUGGCUGAUUACUACAAGGCAUGGCUCGACAAGUACCCUUUCGUCUCCAUCGAGGAUCCGUUCGACCAAGAUGACUGGGACGCCUACAAGCAUUUCAUGUCAGAGGUCGGGCCGCGGGUUCAAAUAGUUGGCGAUGACCUCCUUGUGACGAACCCAACUCGCGUCAAGAAGGCCUUGGAAGUCGGGGCUUGCAAUGCCCUCCUCCUGAAGGUUAACCAGAUUGGAUCCAUCACCGAAGCUAUCGAGGCUGCUACCAUGUCUCAGAACGCCGGUUGGGGCGUCAUGGUGUCGCAUCGGUCUGGCGAGACUGAGGACUCCUUCAUCGCAGACCUCGUCGUAGGCCUCCGAACGGGACAGAUCAAGACUGGCGCACCCUGCCGAUCCGAGCGCCUGUCCAAGUACAAUCAACUCUUGCGCAUCGAAGAGGAGCUCGGUGGGCUGGCGUCUUAUGCCGGCGUUGACUUCAGGGCAUCUUGCCCACGGAAAGAUUCUCAGGACUCGUCCUACGAGGGUGCGACUCCAGGGCCAUUGCUGUUGCGCCUGGCCUGGCACUCCUCCGGCACCUACUGCAAGCAAACGAAAACCGGCGGGUCGAGCGGUGCCACCAUGCGCUUUGAGCCGGAAAUCGGCUGGGGAGCCAAUGCGGGGUUGAAGCUGGCGCAAGAUCUUCUGGAGCCUGUGAAGAAGAAGUUCCCGUCGGUCUCGUACGCCGACCUUUGGAUUUAUGCUGCUUGCGUUGCCAUCGAAGAGAUGGGUGGCGAGAAGGUGCCUUUCACACCCGGCCGGAAGGACAAGACUGCAAAGGAGUGCCCUGCCUGGGACGGCCCCACUUGCAAGGAUGGCCGCCUGCCCAGCGCGGACAUGGGCAGCCCUGACAAGACGGCAGCGCACCUCAGGCUGAUCUUCAACCGAAUGGGCUUCAACGACCAGGAGAUCGUGGCUUUGAGCGGAGCCCAUGGAUUGGGCGCCUGCCAUACAGACCGCAGCGGCUACUGGGGGCCUUGGACACGUGCACCCACCACUAUCAGCACCGAGUACUUCCGCGAGCUGCUGGAGAAUGUCUGGACGGUCAAGACUACACACAAGGGACAACCGUGGAAAGGCCCACUGCAGUUCGAAGAUCCCACAGGUGGUUUGAUGAUGCUCCCAUCUGACAUAGUGCUCAUUCAGGACCGAGAGUUUCGGAAAUACGUCGAAAUCUACGCAAAGGAUGAUGCGCGCUUCCAGAAGGACUUCGCACAGGUGGUUGGAAAGCUCUUUGGGUUGGGCCACGGGGAGUCCAAGAAGUUUGGCCUCUUCUGA